GUGCAGGGUGUGCUAUGUAACUUAAAACAAACAGUGACAUAGUGUCAAGAGGGCCCACCCUGUGUUUCCUCACAUCUGCCCUCUGACAGGACAAGGUGGUGCUCCCUUCCAAAAGGAGUGCCUAUAGUGAGUAAACCAUGACAUAAUAAGUCUCCUCUGCUGCUCUCAAAAGACAGGAAUGUUGCCUGGGUGGUGGAAUAAUACACAGCCGAACUGCUGCAACUGAAGACUGCUGGAUAAACUUGAGAUUCCACAGUGAAGAUGAGGAGCCAGGUGUGUGGAUGACUGACUCUGCUGUGGAAGAAUCUAGAGGCAGAGAUCUUCACAGUGCCAGACUGAGACCGACAGUGUCUGGGCCCGGAGCGUCCCCACUGUACUUCUACUGCUGCUGGUCUCUCUCACCGAACUACCAAGACAUGGUCCUCUGGAGUCUACUCCCCAUCUCCCUCUCCUUGGUGUCUCUCAUUGGAACCUGGGUGACGUAAGUUAAACAAUAAUAUAUCUAUAUUUUCCUUCUAAUCUUUUAUAAGACCAUAGAUAACAUGUACUUGAGCUACUUGACUUAGAUUUCUGUCACAUGUAAAUAUUGUGUCAAAUAAAAUAAAAUAAUUCUAAAGUGCAAUUAAUAUGCCAGUAUAUGUUUUUCCAUUAAUCUCAUCAUUCACAUGGUCUCCUGAUGACUAUAGCUAGGUUUCCAUCCAAUUGGCGACAGAUUUUCUUGCGAAUAUUAAAACAUCUACAUGAAAAUAAUAUGCGCAUUUUCCAUCAAAUUGACCUGUUGCAGAUACAAGUCUGUGUGUGAUGACGUAAUGCACAUAAAAACAACGUUUGCGGUUAAAUUCCCAUGUAGGGCCUACCGAAUAAAAAAUACAAGUAAAAUGUGUUUCCAUCGGAUUUUCAACUCUACUGAUGGUAUUCUCACAAAAAUUGUUGGGGGGGAAUACAAUUACAAAUAGAUAAGUGGGGCAUCACAUCAGCUAAACAUAGAGGGAAAGGGAUAUACCCUUCAAUGUAAACGUUUUUUAUAGCCUAUAUAUAGGCCUAUAUAUAAUUGUAUUCUGCAAUUUAAAUUGAAAUGUAAGCUAAGCCUUUGUAAAUAUUUGAUGUACACUGAGGUUUAUUCAGAGUUCACUUUGGUAUAUGUGUAUGUUUUUAUUUAUAUAACAGUUUUUAUUAUUUUAAAAGAUCAGCUUUUGGAGAGUGUUAGUGGCAAAUGUUUACACGCUUCUCUUGAAUGUAGGCCUAUAAACUGGUCAGGUUCUGCAGAACAGCACUUUUUUUGAGGAGCUUUGCUAUUUUGAUAAGGUACUGUUUGAUACUGUGUUUAUAAAUCCAUGUUAUGUACAACGUUAUGCACUGAACUUGUAUUUGAAUGUGAAAUGAAAAUAAUAAUUAUUUUCCAAUAAUAAUAAUAAUAAUAAUAAUAAUAUAUAUAUAUAUAUAUAUAUAGCGAGUGUGCCCACUCCGGUAUUGGAACCUGUGCUCUAACCAACAGCAUACGUAUAGCCUACAUUAUGAGAUUAUGAUGGACUAAAGAGCAAGAUUAUUUUUUACUUGUCAAAUGGCAGCCAAGCAUCGAUGAUUCACCAUAAUAAUAAAACAUCGCUAUUUAUUGGAAUGGAGCAUCAAGUUCAUCACUUUGCACUUUAACCACCCUGUGAAGUUAGUUAAUCAUAAUUUAUUUAAUAUGUAGCAUAAACUGCGUGCUUUCCUGAGGAGUCGUAGUGGUAGGACCACACAACACGUUAUCGCUUGACUCCAAGUUUACUUCGAUAUGAUGGUUAUUAUAACAAUAUUUGCGCAUACAAGCGUUUCCAGAGACUUAAUUAAUGUUACCUACACACAAGAUCCCACAUUGUCUAGCAUAUUUUGUUUAGUCAACAUUUGGAAAGUUUACCGAACCCAGAGUGGACACAUUUGUUAUAUAAUGCAGCAGUUUUUGUGACAAAACCAUCAGUAGAGUUGAAAAUGCGAUGGAAACCCAUUUAACUUGUAUUUGUCAUUCAGUACAUGGGAAUUUAACAGCAAAAUAAUAGUUUAUGUGCACUACGUCCUCACGCACAGCCUUUUAUCUGCAACAAGUACAUUUGAUGGAAACAUCUCUGGUGGGAAAAUGCACAUGCUGUUUUUAGAGUAUUCACAUGAAAUUUGAUGGAAACCUAGCUAUUGAAAAACUCACUUUUAUUACAAGCAAUAAUACAGUAUGAGCUGAACAUUGAUAUAGCUCAAAACUUUCUUCUCAGAUUUACAUUUCUGAUUUUUUUUGUGUCAAUAGCUAGGUUUCCAUCCAAUUGGCGACAGAUUUGCAUGCGAAUAUUAUAAAAUCUGUAUUAAAAUAAUACGCGCAUUUUCCCACCAGAGAUGCGUUUCCAUCAAAAGUAACAGUGGUGGCCUCCUGAGUGGCGCAGCGGUCUAAGGCACUGCAUCGCAGUGACUACAGACCUGGGUUCGAUCCCAGGCUGUGUCAUAACCGGCUGUGACCGGGAGUCCCAUAGGGCGGCGCACGAUAGGCCCAGCGUCGCCCGGGUUAGGGAAGGGUUUGGCCGGCCUGACUUCUGUCGUCAGUUGAACGGUGUUUCCUCCGAAACAUUGGUGCGGCUGGCUUCCGGGUUAAGCGGGCGGGUGUUAAGAAGGGCGGUUAGGCGGGUCAUGUUUUGGAGGAUGCAUGACUGGACCUUCGCCUCUCGCGAGCCCGUUGGGAAGUUGCAGCGAAGCGAAUUGGAUAUCACGAAAAAGCUGAUAAAAUACAACAAACAAGUAAUAAUACCCUUAGACCACCUUGCAACCAUCCCCGUGCUCUGUCACAGAAUGUGCUGCAUGUGACAAACAUAACUUUCAAGAAAGAACACAGAGUAUACCUGUAGAAGGGGGGCUCAGUAGCUCAGUUGGUUGAGCAUGGCGCUUGCAACGCCAGGGUUGUGGGUUCGAUUCCCACGGGGGGCAAGUAUGAAAAAUUUAUGCACUCACUAACUGUAAGUCGCUCUGGAUAAGAGCUAAGUAAUGUAAAUGUAGAGUCAGAGCCAACACCUUAGACCCCACAUUACAACGUGCAAAACAUAAACCAAUUGUUUCAUUUAGUACAUUGUGAGACGUGAUUUAACCUUCAUAGUCAGAGGACACUGUACAGUUCUGUAUUUUGUUACUUGUUGAUCGCUCUAGAUGUGAAGCAUAAAGGAAAAGGUUCUAUGCGUUCAUGUUGAGACAUUUGAUUCAACCUUUGUUUAUCCUCAGAGGGCACUGUCAGGGUACUUUCUUAUUGACUCUGGUUGACUGCCUGUAAAGGCAACACAGAUAUGGAUGGAGUGGCUUGGUAACAGGGCUGCUAAUAAUAUUCUAACCACCUCCAUCUGUGUACUUUUGCUUAGUCACCCACAUCAGUUCCUGGUUACUUAUUGAACCUCAAGGUUAUCAGUGUUCAUUAAUGGGAGCGUACUGUAUAUCAUAUUAUACAUUUAAAAACCAUACAUCCUAAGAGAAUUAGGCACUUUAAUCAUAUCAAAUGAGUGUGUUUGUUUUGUUGUUUCAGGUAUGGCCUGGCAUACAGCUAUGACCAUGUGUGUUCCCUCAACAACUGGUGCGUUGUGUUCUGUUUGUGAGAUUUCCUACAGACCAUUGUGAUUGGUUCUUUCAGCCAAUUCUAUGUCAAUGAAAUACAUCGCAUUAAUGUAACACAAGCAUACAGAUGUAGGAUAUUAAUUUGAUCACCCUUUUGCAGGAUAACUUUCCUGCAGGGCAGGACAUGUUAAACUUGUAGUGUAUUUGAGGUAUAAAUAGGCUUUUGAAGUAUGUCAUUUUCCCUUAUGAAAAAUGUAUCAACCCCUACAUAAAUGUCCUGCUGUAGCAAACUGGCUCAAAUUAAGAUCCUACAUUUGUAUUUCUAAAGCAGUGUUGUUCAACCCUAGUUCUGGAGAUCCACAGGGUAUGCAGCCUAUUUGUUUUAGCCCAGCACCAACACACCUGAUUAAACUAAUCCACUAAUCAUCAAAUCAAAUUUUAUUUGUCACAUUAACGUGUUUAGCAGAUGUUAUUGCGGGUGUAGCGAAAUGCUUGUGCUUCUAGCUCCGACAGUGCAGUAAUCAACUUGAUUAACUGAAACAGGUGUGUUGCUGCUAUUGGGUUGUAAUAAAAGGCUGCACGCAACACCCUGUACCCUCCAAGACCAGGGAUGAAGACCACUAUAGAUAAAGAGAAGGUUAGGAACCAUGAUUAUUUUCCAUCCUCUGUUUUCAGGGCCCCUGGGAACCACUGCAGAGACAAUACAUCAAUAGCAUGUUGUCAAGUUCCAACCAUAAGGUAACCAUAGACCACUUAAAUCAAGGUUAGGGUCAACUAACAGUAUUUCAUCUCAUUCAGUUAAGAAAAUGAAGAAACGUUUUUUGAAAUUCCAGUCUAAAAUUUUAAUUGGACCUCCAUUUUGAAGUUUGAGAAUUUACUGAGUUCACAUGGAAUUUGAAAUGUAAUUAUACUUUGAACUAACUCUGUUCAAUUCACAUCAGAACACUUAGUCAGCUUUCAACAGACAUUCCUAGAAUGUUCUCUGUCAUCUUAAUAUUAUUGUCACUGGGGAAUUUCAGUAUGGUGUGAAAUAAUGGUUUCUUACUCAUGCUUUGGCCUUGUGUUUUGCAGCUCGAGUGGAACAAGCUUACCAGAAAGCUCAUUGUUCACAGCCACCUUUAAUGCUGGUUCAUUUCUGUGUAAGUUUGUAGCUGUACAGAUUGCCCACCCUACAGUAUACACUACCGGUCAAAAGUUUUAGAACACCUACUCAUUCAAGGGGUUUUCUUUAUUUUUUACUAUUUUCUACAUUGUAGAAUAACAGUGAAGACAUCAAAACUAUGAAAUAACACAUUUGGAAUCAUGUAGUAACCAAAGAAAGGGUUAAACAAAUCAAAAUAUAUUUUCUAUUUAUCACAUUUCAGGAGAAGACCCAGAUGCAGACAGUGUCAAAGUAACAAAAGUUUAUUACAAAAACAGGGGGCAGGCAAACGACAGGUCAAGGGCAGGCAGAGGUCAGUAAUCCAGAUCAGAGUCCAAAAGGUACAGAACGGCAGGCAGUGUCAGGGUCAGGGCAGGCAGAGGUCAAUAAUCCAGGGUGGUGUGACAAGGUGCAGAACGGCAGGCAGGGUCAGGCAGAAUGGUCAAAACCUGGAAAACUAGAAAACAGGAACUUGAGAAAGACAGGAGCAAGGGGAAAAACGCUGGUAGGUUUGACGAAACAAAAUGAACUGGCAACAGACAAACAGAGAACAUAGGUAUAAAUACACUGGGGAUAAUGGGGAAGAUGGGCAACACCUGGAGGGGGAUGGAGACAAUCACAAAGACAGGUGAAACCAAUCAGGGUGUGACAAUAUUUUAGAUUCUUCAAAUAGCCACCCUUUUCCUUGAUGACAGCUUUGCACACUCUUGGCAUUCUCUCAACCAGCUUCACCUGGAAUGCUUUUCCAACAGUCUUGAUGUAGUUCCCACACUUGUUGGCUGCUUUUCCUUCACUCUGCGGUCCGACUCAUCCCAAACCAUCUCAAUUUGGUUGAGGUCGGAGGAUUGUGGAGGCCAGGUCAUCUAAUGCAGCACUCCAUCAUUCUCCUUCUUGGGAAAAUAGCUCUUACACAGCCUGGAGGUGUGUUGGGUCAUUGUCCUGUUGAAAAACAAAUGAUAGUCCCACUAAGCCCAAACCAGAUGGGAUGGCGUAUUGCUGCAGAAUGCUGUGGUAGCCAUGCUGAGUAAGUGUGCCUUGAAUUCUAAGUAAAGCAAAGCACCCCCACACCAUCACACCUCCUCCACCAUGCUUUACGGUGGGAAAUAGACAUGCAGAGAUCAUCCGUUCACCCGCACCGCGUCUCACAAAGACACAGCGGUUGGAACCAAAAAUCUCCAAUUUGGACAGAUUUCCACCGGUCUAAUGUCCAUUGCUCGUGUUUCUUGGCCCAAGCAAGUCUCUUCUUAUUAUUGGUGUCCUUUAGUAGUGGUUUCUUUGCAGUAAUUCGACCAUGAAGGCCUGAUUCACACAGUCUCCUCUGAACAGUUGAUGUUGAGAUGUGUCUGUUACUUGAACUCUGUGAAGCAUUUAUUUGGGCUGCAAUUUCUGAGGCUGGUAACUCUAAUGAACUUAUCCUCUGCAGCAGCGGUAACUCUGGGUCUUCCAUUCCUGUGGCGGUCCUCAUGAGAGCCAGUUUCAUCAUAGCGCUUUAUGUUUUUUGCGACUGCACUUGAAGAAACUUUCAAAGUUCUUGACAUUUUCUGUAUUGACUGACCUUCAUGUCUUAAAGUAACGAUGGACUGUCGUUUCUCUUUGCUUAUUUGAGCUGUUCUUGCCAUAAUAUGGACUUGGUCUUUUACCAAAUAGGGCUAUCUUCUGUAUACCCCCCCCACACACACACACACACCUUGUCACAACACAACUGAUUGGCUCAAACACAUUAAGAAGAAAAUACAUUCCACAAAUUUACUUUUAAGAAGGCACACCUGUUAAUUGAAAUGCAUUCCAGGUGACUACCUCUUGAAGCUGGUUGAGAGAAUGCCAAGAGUGUGCAAAGCUGUCAUCAAGGCAAAGGGUGGCUAUUUGAAGAAUCUUAAAUAUAAAAUAUAUUUUGAUUUGCCUAAUACUUUUUUGGUUACUACAUGAUUCCAUAUGUGUUAUUUCAUCGUUUUGAUGUCUUCACUAUUAUUCUAUAAUGUAGAAAUAGUCAAAAUAAAUAAAGACCCUUGAAUGAGUAGGUGUUGUAAAACUUUUGACCGGUAGUGUACAUACACAGGUCCUACUGGAUCUCAAUGCACUAUGCAGAUGUCUGUACUGAUACAAAGAUGACAGUAUUAAGGAUAUGUACUCAUAAUAUACUUAGAUGUAAUUUUACCCCAAGGUCACCCUUAAAACGGUUUGGUAUGUCAGAUUUCCUAUCAAACGUGUUGUUUGUCCUGCUGAGGAAACAUCUACCAAAACUAAAGUUUUAACAAGUUGAUUGUUAUUGUUGUGUCAUUUAAUUAUAAUCAUAUAAUCACAUUGUUUUAGAUCAGAUGUGAUGUUGCACCUAUUGUUUAUACAUGUAAUAAACAUCUUAUGAACAUUUGAUCAAUUACACUAUGUUAUAGAUGCAUUAUAAUAACUAUUUUUUUAGUUAUGGUGUUCUGUAUCUUCCACCAUGCUCACAUCAUGGAGAGGAACAGUGUCCACUCCAUGCUCAGUAGAAUCGCCCUGGUGUUUGGUGGAGUGGCAGCCGUCGGGGCCUUUGUGGCUGGGAACUGCAACGUAAGUACUUCCUGCACAUGCAGGGGUGUCAUGCAAUACAAUAUUGGGGUGAGCUUUGACAAGUAUAUGUGUUUUAAAGAGCAAACGAGGGUGUACAGUACAUGAUACUGCCAAAACGAAUUCUGCUCGUAGACAGAGACAUCGAGCAAGUAAAGUAAACUCUCUGACACAGAGUCCCCUCAGGGUGUCUGUCGUCUUGGUCGACAGGGAGAGAGUGAGUGAAGCGUAAGGACACAUUUAGGAGUCUGGCACGCGAGGUUAAACCGAACUUCACAGGUAUGAAAAAAAAAAACUUCAAUCCAGGAGUAGGUUAGGGAAAGACAAAAAGGUCUAUCAAGUUUAAAGUGUACUUUGAAUUGGCACUCUACUGACACUGACAAGGUGUGUUAACAAUAUCUCCUGAGGUGCGGUUCAAUUAAAUCUUGAAUUAUGAACAAAGAGAGGAGUGGCAGCAAAGCAAACAAACAUCUAUGACACGUUUGGUAGGUUUGUUAAUGUGUGCAGACAUACCUACGGAUGGCAGAACAUCAGUGGAAAAGUACAAUAGACAUGUCAAUGUGUACCUUUUUGAUAUUUUUUGUGUGUGGGUAUUUUACCCCCUUUUUCGUGGUAUCCAAUCGCUGCAACUCCCGUACGGACACGAGAGCCGUGCGUCCUCCAAAACACAACCGAGCCGCACUGCUUCUUGACACAAUGCCCGCUUAACCUGGAAGCCAGCCGCACCAAUGUGUCGGAGGAAACACUGUACACCUUGCGACCGAAGUCAGCGUGCACUGCGCCCGGCCCGCCACAAGAGUCGCUAGUGCGCGAUGGGACAAGAACAUCAACCCCUCCACUGCCGGUCAAACCCUCCCUUAACCUGGACGACGCUGGGCCAAUUGUGCGCCGCUCCUUUUGGUCUCCCGGUCGCUGCAACAGAGCCUGGACUCGAACCAGGAUCUCUAGUGGCACAGCUAGCACUGCGAAGCAGCGCCUUAGACAACUGCGCCACUCUGGAGGCCAAUGUGUAUCUUUUUGACAUUAUUUCAUAGACGUAGACAGAUAAUUCACCACAAAAUCAAAGAUUGUCAGAUGUUUUCUUCAGAAGAAGAUCAUGCAGGGAGUCUCUUGCCUUUUGUCUCUUCUUUGGGAACAGCCCAGCUAGCACAUUUGGUUCCUUGGAAGUUGUGGAAACGUAUGUUUUUGGUUUCACAUUGGUUGGCCAUAUGUUUCCUGACCGGGAAAAUUGAAAGUUUUUUAAACGUUCUGAGAACAGAAGUACAAAUUUUGCCUGUUCUGGGAACAUUUAAUUUUAGGUUGCAGGGAGGUUCUGAGAACGUUUUACUCUGGUUCCUUGAAAGUUUUCCUGGGAGGUUUUAUUAACGCUCUGUGAACUGAAAUUAUAGGUUAUUUGGAGGUUUUUAAAUAACUCCCUUAAAACUUUCAACUAAAAAGGGAUUAAAUUAGAUUUUUUUUCUACAGAUCUACAUAACCUACUCCACAUUUUCAAAGUGAAAGAAAGUUAUAGAACAUUCCAGAAAUAUCAUAAUUGGAUAGGUCUCCACCCCCCUGAGUUAAAACUUGGUGGAAGCACCUUUGGCAGCCAUUACAGCUGUGAAUCCUUUUCAUUAAGAUUCUACCAACUUUGCAUAACUCUUAAGGCAACAUAUACAGUGGGGAAAACAAGUAUUUAGUCAGACAUUUACAUUUUACAUUUUAGUCAUUUAGCAGACGCUCUUAUCCAGAGCGACUUACAGUUAGUGAUUACAUAUUUUUUUUUUUAUACUGGCCCCCCGUGGGAAUCGAAUCCACAACCCUGGCGUUGCAAACAUGCUCUAUCAACUGAGCUACAUCCCUGCCGGCCAUUCCCUCCCCUACCCUAGACGACGCUGGGCCAAUUGUGCGCCGCCCAUGAGUCUCCUGGUCGCGGCCGGCUGCGACAGAGCCUGGAUUCGAACCAGGAUCUCUAGUGGCACAGUUAGCACUGCGAUGCAGUGCCUUAGACCACUGCGCCACUCAGGAGUCAGCUACCUAUUGUGCAAGUUCUCCCACUUAAAAAGAUGAGAGAGGCCUGUAAUUUUCAUCAUAGGUACAAGUCAACUAUGACAGACAAAAUGAGGAAAAAAAAUCCAGAAAAUCACAUUGUAGGAUUUUUAAUGAAUUUAUUUGCAAAUUAUGGUGGAAAAUAAGUAUUUGGUCAAUAACAAAAGUUUCUCAAUACUUUGUUAUAUACCCUUUGUUGGCAAUGACACAGAUCAAACGUUUUCUGUAAGUCUUCACAAAGUUUUCACACACUGUUGCUGGUAUUUUGGCCCAUUCCUCCAUGCAGAUCUCCUCUAGAGCAGUGAUGUUUUGGGGCUGUCGCUGGGCAACACAGACUUUCAACUCCCUCCAAAUAUUUUCUAUGGGGUUGAGAUCUGGAGACUGGCUAGGCCACUCCAGGACCUUGAAAUGCUUCUUACGAAGCCACUCCUUCGUUGCCCGGGCGGUGUGUUUGGGAUCAUUGUCAUGCUGAAAGACCCAGCCACGUUUCAUCUUCAAUGCCCUUGCUGAUGGAAGGAGGUUUUCACUCAAAAUCUCACGAUACAUGGCCCCAUUCAUUCUUUCCUUUACACGGAUCAGUCAUCCUGGUCCCUUUGCAGAAAAACAGCCCCAAAGCAUGAUGUUUCCACCCCCAUGCUUCACAGUAGGUAUGGUGAUCUUUGGAUGCAACUCAGCAUUCUUUGUCCUCCAAAUACGACGAGUUGAGUUUUUACCAACAAGUUCUAUUUUGGUUUCAUCUGACCAUAUGACAUUCUACCAAUCCUCUUCUGGAUCAUCCAAAUGCACUCUAGCAAACUUCAGACGGGCCUGGACAUGUACUGGCUUAAGCAGGGGGACACGUCUUGCACUGCAGGAUUUGAGUCCCUGGCGGCGUAGUGUGUUACUGAUGGUAGGAUUUGUUACUUUGGUCCCAGCUCUCUGCAGGUCAUUCACUAGGUCCCCCCGUGUGGUUCUGGGAUUUUUGCUCACCGUUCUUGUGAUCAUUUUGACCCCACGUGGUGAGAUCUUGCGUGGAGCCCCAGAUCGAGGGAGAUUAUCAGUGGUCUUGUAUGUCUUCCAUUUCCUAAUAAUUGCUCCCACAGUUGAUUUCUUCAAACCAAGAUGCUUACCUAUUGCAGAUUCAGUCUUCCCAGCCUGGUGCAGGUCUACAAUUUUGUUUCUGGUGUCCUUUGACAGCUCUUUGGUCUUGGCCAUAGUGGAGUUUGGAGUGUGACUGUUUGAGGUUGUGGACAGGUGUCUUUUAUACUGAUAACAAGUUCAAACAGGUGCCAUUAAUACAGGUAACGAGUGGAGGACAGAGGAGCCUCUUAAAGAAGAAGUUACAGGUCUGUGAGAGCCAGAAAUCUUGCUUGUUUGUAGGUGACCAAAUACUUAUUUUCCACCAUAAUUUUCAAAUAAAUUCAUUAAAAAUCCUACAAUGUGUUUUUCUGGAUUUUCUUUCUCCAAUUUGUCUGUCAUAGUUGACGUGUACCUAUGAUGAAAAUUACAGGCCUCUCUCAUCUUUUUAAGUGGGAGAACUUGCACAAUUGGUGGCUGACUAAAUACUUUUUUUCCCCACUGUAUCCUUCGUUUUUGUCAAAAUUGCUCAGGCAAUUUCUGAGGCUGAUAACUCUAAUGAACAUAUCCUCUGCAGCAGAGGUAACUCUGGGUCUUCCAUUCCUGUGGUGGUCCUCAUGAGAGCUAGUUUCAUCAUAGCGCUUGAUGGUUUUGCAACUGCACUUGAAGAAACUUUCAAAGUUCUUGAAAUGUUCCAUAUUGACUGACCUUCAUGUCUUAAAGUAAUGAUGGACUGUCGUUUCUCUUUGCUUAUUUGAGCUGUUCUUGCCAUAAUAUGGACUUGGUCUUUUACCAAAUAGGGCUAACCCUACCUUGUCACAAGACAACUGAUUGGCUCAAACACAUUAAUAAGGAAAGAAAUUCCACAAAUUAACUUUUAAGAAGGCACACCUGUUAAUUGAAAUGCAUUCCAGGUGACUACCUCAUGAAGCUGGUUGAGAGAAUGCCAAGAGUGUGUAAAGCUGUCAUCAAGGCAAAAGGUGGCUAUUUGAAGAAUAUCAAAUACAUUUUGAUUUGUUUAACACUCUUGUGAUUACUACAUGAUUCCAUAUGUGUUAUUUCAUAGUUUUGAUGUCUUCACUAAUAUUCUACAAUGUAAAAAAUAGUAAAAAUAAAGAAUGUUCUCUGUCACCGAAACAUAUCCACCAUUGAAGAAUUUGAGUAUUGUGUGACAAGUGCUUUGGCUUUGUGUUUUGCAGCUCGAGUGGAACAAGUUACCUAGAAUAGCUAAACGUUAACUUGUCUUAAGCCUCUCCUCCAGCCAGGGUAACUGAUUACCUGAUACUAAUUGUAACCUGUCUGUCCUCUCUCCUCCAGCCCGAGUACCUGAAGCUGGCCCAUUACCUGGGGGCUGCGGUGAGCUUCCUGUGUAUCUGUUUCUACAGUCUGCUCCUCACGGUGCUCACAAGGAAGUGUGUUCUGACCCGGAUGGAGUGGUUCCUCUACCCAGCACGGGUCAUCUCUACUGGGGUCCAGAUCAUCGUCACCAUUGGCUGUAUCCUUUCACCUGCACUGAUUAACAUUAUAACCCUAACCCCUGAACCCAGACCUUUAUAACUAGCGAUGUUGUGGUAAAAAAAAAAGGUGCUUAAAUGCUAAAGUAAAGUAACUCUCCCUAUACUUUCAAUACAUUAUUCCGCAAAAAGUGGGUAAAAAAGGUUUACCCUUCACUACAUAACUGCUUAUAACAACACAAUGCAAGAAGAGUGUCCGCUUCCAUACUUCUUCAACUUCAACAGGCCCUGAAAGGCACAGUUCUAGGUAGUAGGGGAUAACAAGAUACUGAACCUUAACAGUGAGGAUGCCUAUCUGUGUGUUUAUCUGUUUACUGAUGCGAAAUGUUUUAAUUUCUUCAACGUCUUUUGCCUUGUAGAGAUUGUAUUUCCUUGUUCCUUGGAACAUAUGCGUAGGUUCCUAUAAACAUAAACUCGAUGAGGGUAUGCCAUAACCUGUCACCCAACAACUUCUGUUCCCCUUUCUUGACCUCUGACCCCUCUAGACACCAUCUUGUUUGUACAGGAGGAAUACAUGUACAAGCACUCAGCGGCCGUGUUUGAGUGGAUAAUGAGUGUUAACCUGGAGCUGUUUGAGCUCAGCUUCGCUGUGGAGUUCUGUUUUUUCUCCUCCUCCAUGUUGUCCACGCUGCUGGGGAAGAGAGAUGAGGAGAAGCCUAUCCUUCUGGCCUGAGGAGAGAAGAUGCUGCUGGGCUGGCUACUGUAAGAGACACUGGGGUCUAGUUCAUUAGGCAUGAAAUUGAAAAAAAAACAGUCCGAAACAGAGAGAGACUAGCUGGACUUCAUUGUCAUUUUAAAACAUUUUGUUAUGGUGUGCCCUAAUGACACGACCCAGUAGUUUGCAAACUUUUCUGUGUUGUGACAGAUCUAAAGCUUGUGGAAUUGGACCAACCAAGUAAAGGGAACAAUUGUUUGUAACCAGGACCCAGUCUGACUGCGAUCAAAAACAAAUCAGCUGAAUAGGCCACGACCCACCGUUUGGAAAACACUGACGUAGGGGCAUCAUGAGGAUCAUAUAUUUGAUCUUUGACUUUGCUCCUGGACCAACUCACAUUUUUUAGGAUUAUUUAUUUAUCAAAACAUUUUUUAUCAGGGCUGACAUUGUUCUUAUGCAGCCCCUAAAGACAAACAGAAAAAGGAGUUCUUCCUGUCACACCAAAUCAAUGUACUUCGUCUUGGGGAGUAUAUCUGGAUGCUUUCAAAAGGGAAAACUGUUGAUCCUACAAUCUUCUUAGCCACUGAUGAACCAACACCAGAAUACCUCAGCAUUUGAGUAGUAGUCACUGUAAGCACUAAAGUCAUUAUUUCUGUUCCCAUGUCCUGAAUUGAUCAAAGUGAAAUGUCCCAUUUGAUGGGCCAUGGAGAAUGUUCAAUGACGUUGUUAGCUCUUUUUUCAAUAUGUUGUCUAUAUGUUUAAACAUGAUAUCUUGGUGGCAUUACUGUGCUAUUGAAGUAUACCAGGUAACAACAACAUAAUUACUUGUUGUAUAAAAAUGUAAUUGUCUGCAUAGUAAAGUACUGAAGUGUAAUGUUGCGAUGGAAUCUGAGCCCAGUGAUCUCUUUUGACAGCCUUAACAUUAAAAAGAUGAUCAAGUAGCUGAUUUGUUUCUGAGUGGCAAGAUGAGAAGCCAGUGAUGAUUCUAAACCUGCCAUGGAACAGGGGGUGUAGUGGGAAGGAUGCAGGCCUUUAGGUGUGGCCGUUGAUUAAUGAAAAGCUGUCUUUGUAUUUGUGAUAGAUCAUUCUGAAAAUAACAUAUGUCUUAGCAAGGCGUCAUACUUUGUUCCUUUGUUCUUCCUCUUUCUUACUGAUGUAUCGGUGUCCUUUUCUACAGUGGUCCUAUUCAGGGCUUUCGUGCAACAACAUAUCAUGGGACUACAUGAUUACAUCUUCGCAUUUCCCACUGGGCAUUUUAGUAAACUUAAAUAAAAUAAUGAACAAACCUGUUUGAAAAGCUAAAACUAAAAUGAUACUAUUAUCUUUGACUCCAAAACGAACAAAAAAUGAACAAAUAAACAAUAUGAAUUAUG